GGGUCGUUUAUUGAAUUGCAUGACUCGCUUGGUUUACUUAUUUAUUCCCACGGCUUCGUUUGCUUUCAGAUCGGUCCGGAUAUGCUCGUUUAUUCAGACGCGGUUACCCGCUACACCGUUCCCCACUGUCUAUGUUCCACAUAGAGUCAACCGAGUAGAGUUUGGUAGCGCAGCCAAGUGGGGAACACCCACCGAUCUCGUCUCUCCGACUUUCUUCCUCACUCGCAAUGCGCGUCAUUUUCAGUAACGGUUCAUCCACGAGAAUGAAGUGACAGAGGACAUUGUCUCCUUCGCCCUAUACCGUGCCAGGAAUGCAUGUUCGUUGUUGCGCGACCGACGGUGCUCACCAAGUCUAAAGGGUCUCGUUGACAAAAAGUGAAUCUCGCCCUUCGACGAUGCUGUCUUUCGGCGUAAAGCGCGCUCACAUCUUGAUUGCGAAGCAAGGGUUGAUUUCCGAAGUUAACCACAGGUUCACUCGCAGAAAGUCAUCUAGCCUGCUCCAAUUCGACAAGCCGCACCGUUGGGGAAUCGCCGGUCGACUGUUCUGCAACGGCACUAUCGUGUCCGAGUGUCCUCAUGUGCAGAACAUCGCACCUUCGCAUAUUAAAUCAUACGACGAGGUGCCGGGUCCGCGGCCGAUACCGAUCCUCGGCAACGCCUGGCGACUGUUGCCGCUGAUCGGCCAGUACCAGAUCUCGGAUGUUGCGCGCAUCUCGCAGAUGUUCUACGAUGAGUACGGCAAGAUCGUGCGGUUCGGCGGACUGAUGGGUCGACCGGACCUGCUCUUCGUCUACGACGCCGAUGAAAUCGAGAAGGUGUACCGGCAAGAGGGACCUACGCCUUUCAGACCCGCCAUGCCUUGCCUCGUGCACUAUAAGAGUGUCGUGCGCAAAGACUUCUUCGGCGAGCUGCCCGGAGUUGUCGGUGUACACGGCGAGCCUUGGAAGGAGUUUCGUACUCGUGUUCAGAAGCCUGUCCUCCAGCCGCAAACUGUAAGGAAAUACAUCGGGCCUAUCGAAGUGGUCACAAGGGAUUUCAUAAAGAGAAUCGAGGAAAUCAAAGCGGACGACGGGGAAUUGCCGGCCGACUUCGACAACGAGAUACACAAGUGGGCUCUUGAGUGUAUAGGCCGGGUCGCACUGGACGUCCGACUGGGAUGUUUGGGCGAUACCUUGCCGGAUUCUGAGCCGCAGAAGAUAAUCGACGCCGCUAAGUUCGCGCUGAGGAACGUGGCCGUGCUAGAGCUCAAGGCUCCUUACUGGAGAUAUAUUCCGACGCCCCUCUGGAGCCGUUACGUGCGCAACAUGAAUUACUUCAUCGAGAUAUGCAUGAAGUACAUCGACGCCGCGAUAUUCAGACUUAAGCAGAAGAAAGCAGUCGAUGAGAGCGACUUGUCGCUGGUAGAGAGAAUCUUAGCCAAAGAAGCGGAUCCCAAGAUGGCUUACAUUUUCGCCCUCGAUCUGAUAUUAGUCGGCAUUGAUACGAUAUCGAUGGCGGUGUGUUCGAUAUUGUAUCAAUUGGCGACUAGACCGGAAGAACAGGAGAAGAUAUAUCAGGAGCUGCUGCAAAUACUGCCGGACCCUUCCGUUCCUCUUACAACAAAGCAUUUAGAACAAGCUAUUUACACGAAGGCUUUCAUCCGUGAAGUAUUUAGAGUUUAUUCCACCGUUAUUGGUAACGGCAGAACGCUACAGAACGAUACCAUCAUCUGUGGCUACAAAAUUCCAAAAGGAGUUCAAGUCGUAUUUCCUACGCUCGUCACCGGCAACAUGGAGGAAUACGUAGCAGAUGCGAAGAUCUUCAAACCUGCGAGGUGGCUCAAGGAAGGCAGUAACGAGAAGUUACAUCCGUUCGCGUCGUUACCAUACGGUUACGGGGCACGGAUGUGCUUGGGUAGGCGAUUCGCGGAUCUCGAAAUGCAAGUGCUACUUGCCAAGCUUCUGAGGUUAUACAAACUGGAAUAUCACCACAAGCCGCUAAAAUAUAAGGUCACGUUUAUGUACGCGCCCGAUGGAGAGCUCAAGUUUAAGUUAAUAAAGAGAUAGCCCUUAAAUAUAUAAAUAAUACAAUAUAUCACAUAGAACGAAGCAGAUUUUAAGCGGGUCACUAGAAUCGAGAUACAUCUGAAACACGACAGAUUAAUAUUUUGUCAACCAGUGUUUGAAAUCACGACUAAAUUCUAAACAAUGUUCUCGUUUAGAAUUUUGCACACAUUUUGCACAUUGCGUUAUAAUUGAAACAUAUUUUUAUAUUUCACAAAAAAUAAUAAAAAGCUUCUUGCAAAUGUUAUUGUGAGAAAUGAUUGGUUAUCAGUCGCAAAAUAGAUCAUAUUUAUCAUCGACAUGAUUGA